GAGAAGGGAGGAUAACAUCAAGAUGAAUCUUAGGGAGGUGGGCUGUGAGGAUGGCAAAUGGAUUUAGCUCAGAAUCAUGGUCAGUGGCUGGCUUUGGUGUUAAACCUGCAGGUUCUGCUACCAGGAAGUUUGCUUGGGAAUUGCUACUACCUUAUUUUAACUGAUGUAGUAUUUAACAUGCAAUUCGUUUUUGAGUUGCCAAUUUUUUCAGUAAUUUUUCGUAUGUGCGAUUCUUUAUUAGGUUAUGUAAUAAUAUUGUUUCAACUGCAAAAAUUAUAUAACAUUGAACGAGAUGGAAAGUUUAUCAAGAAUGGUACGUAAGGAUUUGAAAGGUAGUAGUUAUGGCCUAUUUUAAUCUAUUUUAGUAUUAACUGAGGAAAACCAUUUGACACAUGAAACCCACAUCCUGGCCAGUAUUUGGAGCACUAGAAUAUACAGAAUGUCCAUAGCUUCACUACGUGCUCUUGGGAUCAUUUUGAGUAGAAAAGUUCAAAUAAACGUGGGUCCGAUCUGCAACGGUUUGUCAAGAAAAUGCUCCGCUUUCACUAUGCAUCAGCUUCAUCUGCGAAAUUAGUUCACUGAGCAGCGCACGCAGGCAAGACAUUGCAGUCAGUGCUUGACAUCUCAGCGCUACUUGCGUUUUUUACAUGAAUAGAUGUCAUUGAUAUUGAAAGAUGUUCCUCUGCUAACCAAGCAAGAUAUGUGGCUGCAGCAAGAUGGCACACCUCUUCGUUUUGGCAGGCAGGUGACUGCACUUCUGGCCGAGGUGUUUGGCCAGCGAGGUCACCAGAUAUUUCGCCUUUGGAUUACUUUCUGUGGGGUCACAUGAAAUCCCUGGUGUAUGUCAUUAAGUCAAACAGUAGGGCUGAGCUGCUGAAUCGAAUAAUGGACUUCGGUGCGAACAUUGAAAAUGGUAAUGACUCUGUGAAGAGGGCUAUUACUUCAGUUACACGGAGGGUACAAAUGUGCAUCGACAAUCAGGGUGGCCAUUUCGAGUCACGCAAAUAACUCUGGUAGUUUGCGGUCGUGACAGAUGGCGCAAUGUGGAGGCCCAACGAAUAUAGAAAUAUGGCGGUCGACAUCAAACGUGCAGCUAAGAAACAGCAGCACAGGCCGACGAGACGGUAAAACGGGGCUGAAGACCACACUUUUGAAACAGGGGGCUAAGAUGUUGUUGGUGGCCGGCGGGCCGUGCGGGCCUGGUCAACCCUCACACCACGGCUCGCCACGGACCCGGUUCGAGUACGAUGAUAACGAGUGGGACAUUGGGAUAGGCGACCUCAUUAUAGACUUGGAUGCUGAUAUAGAGAAGACGAACGAAAAGAGUGGGGGGGUGGGAUCAGGGGGAACCACCGCCAACAGUAACAACUCGGGUAUGUCUUCUGCGACGAGUGGUACCGGCAGCAAGACCGGGAAGAUGGCAGUGGAACAUUCUGCCACGGUGGAUAAAGGACUCAAGAUGAAGAUUAAGCGGACAAAGCCUGGUACGAAGACCUGCGAAGCCAAACAUGAGAUAGUGAAGCCGGGUGAACAGAACGGCGGAGAGGCUGGUCUAGGGGAUGGCAGUAAGGGGAAGCACCCACCGCCUUCCAGUGUGAGUGGGGGUGGGCUCAGUGGAGGCAGCAGUGGGAGUGGUAGUAAUAGCAGUAGCAGUAACAGCAGUAGCACAGGCAGUGGUAGUGGCAGUAAUGGCGGAAGUGGGAACAGUAGCAGCAGUAGCAGUAGCAAGCGGGGAUCGAGUGGACACCGCAGAGACAAGGCGAGGGACAAACACGGGGGGACAGACAAGGCAGUGACUAAACCAACGCCAUCUCCUGCGCCACCUCAAUCCGUCGCGACAACUCCAGACGUGAACGGUGUAGUGCGACCAGCGGUGUCUUCGCUUACGCAGGCGAUGGCUCAGACCGUUCAGCAGACGCCGGCGCCACCCCAAGCACCGGCACCGCAGCAGCGGGUGGUGUUCCCCGUGUCUUCGGGUCCGGGGCCCCCUGCCCCCGUCGCUCCUAAUGCUCCGGGCCCGCCUUCCGUGGCAACUGCGGUCUCAGUAUCAGCUGCGUCGGCGACCGUGAAACCGGAGCCACCCAAGGUCCUGGUUUCCACAUCGACGGCGGCUGCGCCAGUGGAGGAGAAUAGAUCCACUUCCCCUCCUCCACCCAAAAAGAUAAAGACUUCUACAGAACCCAAGGACAUGUUGGACGUGUGCGUGGGGACGAGUGUUGGAACCAUCACGGAGCCUGAUUGUCUGGGGCCCUGUGAACCGGGAACCAGUGUUACCCUUGAGGGUAUUGUCUGGCACGAGACGGAGGGCGGAGUUCUGGUGGUGAAUGUGACAUGGCGAGGGAAGACUUACGUGGGCACACUCCUUGACUGCACCAGGCAUGACUGGGCCCCUCCAAGGUUCUGUGAUUCACCCACGAGUGAUCUGGAUGCUAGAAUGCCCAAAGGUCGAGGAAAGCGAGGCAGAGCAGCAGCUAGUACAAAUCCUGGAGGAGACCUCAGUAACUUCACGGAGACACGGUCAUCUGUGCACAGCAAGUUACGAAAUGGUGGGGCAAAGGGUCGACGUGGAGGUGCAGGUUCUUCGUCGAGUUCAGUUGCAACUGCUGGAACUGGAUCUCCUACGCCUUUUGCACCACCUCGACCAGAGUCUAACAGCAAAAGAAAGGGUCGGAUGCCAGACGAGGAAUCUGUCGGAGCUGGGAAGAAGAAUCGAAGCACGUCGGCGUCGGGAAGCAACAGUCCUCCUUCCUCACCGGUGCUACUUGAGUGUCCAGAACCAAAUUGUUCAAAGAAGUACAAGCAUAUCAAUGGGCUUAAGUACCACCAGUCACACGCGCAUGGGUCCGCAGAAGACGAGGACACAAAGGAUGCUGCAAGUCUGUCUGAAAAUGAUGAGAGCAAUGCAGAAGCACCAAGCCCAGCUCUGUCAGUCAAGUCUCCUGAAAAGUUUACAGACCAGCAGCAACAGCAGCGCAAAGACGAUCUCUCAAAUCAAAGUCCUUUGCCGACACCUCCAGGCGGACUUCAGGCAACACCUCUGCCCAUACCACCAAAUGUUUCAGAACAACCAAGCCAACCAGUUUUGAACAAGAGUGGAUUGGUUUCAUCACCGGCUCCUCAGAUGCCACCGGGUGUUUCAAAUCAAACUCCUGCUCCUCCAGAACUAGUCCCAGCUCCAGUUGCAUCGACAGGUCCGCUUUUGAGCCCUGAAGCAAAAAGUGUAGUAAAGCCUGGCGUUCUUCGUUUUGGACCGCCCGUCGAAGACUUUUCAGUGGGCGUGUUUUGUAGCAAUAAGCCAAUUUUGCCAGUGACUUCAGUGGCGAGCAGCAACACACCAGUAUCGACUAUCAGAGCUGUCAGUGUGGCAGUAGCUCCAAGCCAGCUACCAUCUCAGCCACAGCCUCUAACCCAGCCACAGUCCCAAACACAGGUUCCUCCUUUACAGCAGUCUCAGACACAACCUCAGCCUCAAACAUUGCCUCAGCCUCAAGUCCUUCAACUGCAACAGACCCUACCGCUUCCACAAUCACAACUGCCUAUAACCAAUAAGCCUCCCCCACCUCAGUUCAAGGUGAAACCAACUGCUUCUCUCAUGCCUGAUGACAAGAAGAAGUUGCAGGGUCACAAAAAGAAGAACCGCAAAUCUCCCGCCGGUAGUCCCCAUCCACAACCCGAACAACCAUCUUUUGGCGUAGACGCAUCAGGUCGUGAAGACGUACAAAGUCCUGCAUAUUCAGACAUAUCUGAUGAUACGGCUCCGGUUUUGGAAUCUGAGGUUGGCGAUGGAAAGAGCAAAGGACAGAUUGGGGACAAAAAGGGAGAAGUAGGGCAGGGACCUUCGCCACAUACCAUGCCACAUUAUGGCAUGUACCCCUUCUAUGGUCAACCGCCAUAUCUUGUUCCUUCUGUGCAGCAGGACAGUAAACCAAAGGAGAAUAAUGAGAAACUGGUGGAAAACAAAGGCAUAGAAAAGGAGAAGAAAGAUGGUGCAAGUAAUGGUGACUAUCAACAGAAAUUGUUACAACAACACUACUAUCCGUAUGGCUACAUGCCAAGUUAUGCUUACAAUCUGGAGCCUAGUUAUCCUGUGGCCGUUAUGCCCCCAGAAGAUAAAGGGAAAGAACCACUUGGUAAGGAAGAUAAGAGUCCUAGUCCCUCAGACCAAGGGAAGCCUAUUCCUGCAGCACCAAGUCCAAUCCAGGUUCCCAAUCCUUCCAAAGUGAAAGUUGAGCCUGGACCUGGUAUGAAGGACAAACAUCAGAAUGAAAACCAUCAAAUACUGAAAGAAAGCAUCGAGAUAAAGAACCAGAUGAGUCCGUAUUUGUAUUCACGCCAACAGCAGCAGCAGCAACAACAGCAACAGCAGCAUCAGCAACAGCAACAGCAACAGCAGCAGCAGCAGCAGCAGCAGCAACAACAACAACAACAGCAACAACAGGAAGAGUUGCGGAGGUAUUAUUUGUACCCUGAUCAACAACGUCGCAAAGAACCACAAGGGCAGCCAGAACCUUCACCCAAACCUAGUGCACCGCCCUCCAAACAAAUGUUGCCCAGCCCAAGCCAGAAGCAUAAAGAUAAACCUUCGGAAGAGAAGAAGGAGGAUAAGGUAAAACAGGAAGGAGUGAAACCUACAAUGGAGACGCAGGGUCCUCCACCGCCACCAACAUCCUCUUAUGCCUACAUCCAUCCAAGCUAUAUGCAGUCACCACAUUAUGGGGCAUUACCAUUUGAUCCUGGCCACCCCAUGUAUCGAAGCAUCAAUCCCAUGCUAGUUCCAGGAUACGGGACAAAUCCGUACCUUCACCCCCAGAUACCCCGUUAUCAUGCACCGGAAGAUCUAUCACGCCCGCCUUCAGGGCCUACCAAAGCGUUGGAUUUGCUGCAGCAUCAUGCUAACCAAUAUUACUCGUCGCAUAAAAUCCACGAGCUUCAGGAACGCGCACUCAAAUCUCCCACGCCUAAGACCGCAGUGUCGAGUGCUUCGCCAUCUGGAGCAGGUGGCCCGCCAGUAGGGGCCCCUCCAGGGCAGGGCAUACCUCAAGGGCCUCCUGUUUCUGUGGCAGGUAGUGGACCAGGAGGGCCUGCACCUACAGGAAAGCAGGUACCUGGUGAUGGAAAGGAAACAAGAUCUCCUCCUCCUCAACGUCACGUGCACACGCACCACCACACCCAUGUCGGGCUGGGCUACCCCAUACUGGCAGGCCAGUAUCCUGCACCUUAUGGAGGUAAGCCUAUGGUCCGGCCCUGACAGUAGUAAAUGUAGGCUUGUCUUGACCUACGGUAGUUGCUAGUCGUUGCCAUGAUCUGUGGCGGAUGUAUAGUACAGUACACCAUAUUGGUGACACUUCGAUUCUGACUGAUUUACCCUCAUUCCAGAGAGCUUGCAAAACAGUCAUAUUUUGUUACCAAAAAUAUCGUUGUUAUAAUACUUAAUAAAAUUAUUGUAUUUGCAGUAAAAUACCAUAGAUCUUAGAGAAGUCUGUGAUAUCUCUUAUGGCAUUAUUGAAUGGCGGUAGGAACCAAUAUCUUCUUUGUUUGUAAUACGUCACGAGGCAGUUUGUAAACAUUGUAUGUACAUAAGCAUAAAAUUAGUUCACAUGUGGUAAUAGUAAAUACUGUAAAAACUU